AUGGAGGGGUCUGCUGGGCUCAGGCCUCCCGGCGAAGCAUUGUCUUACAAAUUGGUAGAGGACGAACUUGCAUUGUUAGAUAAAAGCAUAAAUGAAUUUUGGAAUAAAUUCAAAGGCAAUGUCAGUGACAUCUCCUGUCAGAUGGUGGGACUAAGAGAUACCUACAAGGACAUCAAUAAAGCAUUUGCAGAAAAACUAUCUGUGAAAUUAAAGGAAGAAGAACGAAUGAUUCAGAUACUAUUGGAAUAUCAAAAUCAGAUCAGCAGGCAGAAUAAGCUCAUUCAAGAAAAGAAAGAUAACCUGUUAAAGUUGAUUGUUGAAGUAAAAAGCAAAAAGCAGGAAAUGGAAGUACUGACUGCAAAUGUCCAGGAUCUUAAGGAAGAAUAUGCUAGGAAGAAGGAAACUAUUAAUACUGCUAAAAAAGCUAGUGAAGAGAGGUUGAAAAGGCUCCAAAAAUCUGUAGAUGUGUAUAAAGAUCGACUUGGACUAGAAAUUCGAAAAAUUUAUGGUGACAAAUUGCAGUUUAUAUUCACUAAUAUUGACCCUAAGCAUCCUGAUAGCCCAUUUAUGUUUUCCCUACACCUAAAUGAAGCAAGGGACUAUGAAGUGUCAGAUAGCGCUCCCCAUCUUGAGUGCCUAUCAGAAUUUCAAGAGAAUGUAAGGAAGACCAAAAAUUUUUCAGCUUUUCUUGCCAAUGUUCGGAAAGCUUUUAGUACUAUGGCUUAUAAUUAAUGUAUAAAUAGUAUAUAAAAACUGUUUAGUUUUGUUCCCUAUUGUGUGUCUCUCUUAAAAAGAAUUCUCAUCCAUUGUCUGCCUGUAAUCCUUUUGUAUUUUUUAAAUAUCUCUGUGUGGUGUAUUUCUUUAUAGAGCAUUUUAAUUAA